GCGGGGAAGCGGGUUGCGAAAGACUCUCGCCGAUGGAACGUUUCCAUUUGCAGUUGUCACUCGAGUGAGUUGCGUGUCCUGGGAUGUCAGAGUCAAGUAGCGUGAGCAGGCGAAUGGGAAGGCAGCUCCGAUCGCGUCGGGACGAGCCCACACGUGUGCACACGAGGAAGAGGUGGUGCUGAGACUCUCCAGUCUGGCCAGAUGUCUAAACAAGAGCAAUGUGGGCUGUUCUCCGGAAGGAGUCGGUUAGCCGCAAAAGUGUCAAUGGUUAUAAAGGCAUGAGGACGAGGAGGAGCUCGUGUCUUGAGAAGAACUUCACCGCCGCUUUAAACUCCUUCCGCUUGGGAUGAUUACAGGAUUAUCCGGUUGUGCCUGAAGGGAAGCCCCCUCUUCACCGAGAACACCGACCUGUCUUGUUGCCCAUCGGAGGGGACCAAGGUGAACGGGGUGAGGGUUUCUUAAAUUCAAUUUUCAGUAUGUUGUUCGUGAAACCCCAGCACACUGCAUUAUAAUGCGCAAAUGGAUACUACCAUGGAUCCUGCCGACUUCGCUCUUCAGAUUGUACUUUCACGUUAUCUUUCUAGUGGGCAGUGUGUCUUGGGCUUGUAAUGACAUGACUUCUGAGCAACUGGCUGCCAAUUCGAGCUGCUCCAGCCCCGAAAGACACACACGAAGUUACGACUACAUGGAGGGUGGGGAUGUAAGGAUAAGGAAACUCUUCUGUCGGACGCAAUGGUAUUUGAGGAUCGAUGAGACGGGCAAAGUUGGAGGGACGCACGAGCCGAACAACAGCUAUAGUAUUCUGGAAAUAAAGACGGUUUCGGUUGGAGUGGUCGCAAUCAAGGGCGUGGAAAGUGAAUAUUUUUUGGCAAUGAACAAGUCUGGAAAAUUAUAUGGGAAGAAAAUUUGCAAUGAGGACUGCAACUUCAAGGAAAGGAUUGAGGAGAACAAGCACAACACGUACGCCUCUGCGAAGUGGACACAUGGUGGCAAAGAAAUGUUGAUUGCUUUGAACUCCAAAGGCACACCGAUAAAAGGCAAAAGAACAAAGAAGGAAAGCAAGGCAUCUCACUUCCUGCCUAUGCUCGUGUUUUAAUCAUUGUGUUGCUCUCCUGACCCUAUCAAGACAUGGACGGUGUCUGUGCUGCCCUUUCAGAAAGGAUUUAAAGAGGACGCUGGUACAGCAGAACUACUGAAGAAAAGAAAAAGAAAAAAAAAAAUGACACAAGCUGGACUUGCAUUGAACAAAAA